AUGAGAGACUCUCUGCCAUGUGUCGUACACAGUAGGAACACAUACAUUUGUGGAGUGCUUUGUGGUUUACAGAGUUUUCACACACAUUUUAUUUCCUUACCAAUGCCAGGAAGUUAAUAGGGCAUGUCUUAUAGCCUUUAUUUACAGAUAGGGAAAUUAAACGAUUUAACAAAGGCAAACAACUAGCUAAUAAGUGCCAGAGCCCGAAAUGAAUUCUUCCCUUGGUUCCAAAUUCCAUGUUAUUCUGCUAUCCCUAUGCUGUUUCUUGGUGCUUUAGUUUUCCCAGCUGUAAAAUGGUAGCUGGUGUUCUCAAAUCCCAGUGUUCUUAAGCAACAGCAAUUUUUCGUAGCUCGGAAAUAUGAACACCACAUUGAUACUUCAGGUACGUUUUACCCCUCCCUACCUGGUGUAUUGAGGAGGAAGAAAAGUUACUAUUCUAAGUGCUAGACAGUGCCGUAGAGGUGUACCCCAGUCUGCGGAUACACUGUCGUACUCUUUUUUAAAAAAAAAAAAAGAGACUGAGAAAUCAAGCUUCUCAUCUUUCUUUUCCCAGAAGUGGCUGGGGGAGAAGAGAGACAAUAGCUUCUUGUUUAGUUUUAUCAAUUUUGAGGGCGGGUGAGGUAGAGGAGCGAUUGACGGCUCAAUUGACCAAUCGGAAAGGAAUGCUAAGGCAGGAUUCGCCAACGGGAAGCUGCAAAAGAAUGGUGGGUGGGAUUUGCUCCUUUGGAUCCGCUCCGCCCAGGCCAGUUCUCUCAGCCCGCCCAAGAGGCGAAGGCUCCAAAAGCCCCGCCCACCUUUCCCCUGCCGUCAGAGGGAGGGGCGGAGGCGCUUGGUGGGGGGGGGGGUCGAAGGCUAGGGGGAGCGGAGGAAGAAAGGAGGGUGUCUCGCAGAACCGUGACCUGGGUGGAGGCCUGCUGGUGAUAGGAAGCAAGAGGGGAAGGAAAACGAAGGAGCGCUGCUUCUUCCUGCAUUAUUUGAAGCUGACUUUGACAGAAGCUGCUUCUCAGCAUUUCUAUUAUUUGUUUUUCUGCUUCCCGCUGUGGGGCGGAGAGCUGCACUGGCUCUCCCACGCGACUCUGCUCCGCUUGUGCCGUAGAUUAUUAUUGUAGUCUUUUCGAAACCCUUUCCUUCCUCCCAACCACUCCUUGCGUAGACUUUCGGUACUCCCGGAACCAAGCCAUGCCACGUUCGUAGUAAGGCGGGAGCGAAGGCCCCCACUUUCGCGGGAGCUCCUGGACCCCGCCGUUCAAUUGUUUGAAACUUCCCCGCCCCCUGGCCCCGCCUCUCUUCCGCACCUCCCCCCUCUAGGGUCCAGUCAGGCUCCCGCCCUUCUUUCCCCGCCCUCUACUCCGCCUCCUACCCUAGUCCACCGCCAACCCCUCCUCUCCUGGGCGGUCCUAGCCGCUCACCGCAAGAAGAAAAGCCACCCAUUCGUCCCCCUCCCCUACCUCCCAUCCUUUGCCCAGGAGCUGCCUUCAUCGCAGUCACGCCCCUUCCUUCCUAGGAGCUUUCUGGCUGUCCAAGCUUUCUGGCUGUCCAAGCUGGUAGACCCCUUGAAUUACUCCUCCAUCCCUGCUUUCCUCGCCUCCUUUUCCCCUAGUUCUCUUCCCCCGCCCUCCCACCUCGAGUCUGUCUCGCCUCGGAUCAUCCGCUGCUCCACCCUCCGGCCCGGUAUCCUGCCUGUCCACUGCCACUAAGGAGAGACCGGACGGAGCAGUGAGGAGGAGAGCAGCCGGGAGUUGGGGCUUCCCCCUGCCCAUCCCUGGCCGCUGGCCCGGGACUGAAGCCACCUGAGCGAGCAGAGAGCCGUCACCCUGUCUUCGUUGCCUUCAGGGAGCUGCUGAGAAGGACAAAUAAGAUUACAGACGUGAAAGAACUUUUGUCUCCUUAGAAGAAAGGCUGAGAGAGUAAAGAGUGACCACUGGUUGGACUCUUGACGGCGCUUACCCUGAACAGCCUGAGUGUUAGGGGAGAGGGAAUCUGCCGUUGCGGUUUCUGGAGCUGCUCAUAAGCAAGAAUUCCCUAUCCUGAUCAAGGCUUUAAGCCUAAAAGAAAGCAGAAAUAGGUCAAGGGCAGCCCAGGUGCCCAAUUUCUCUCUCUCUUCACAAGGCACCACCAGCAAUAGAGAUGAGAAAUUCUGAAGAACAACAAAGUGGAGGAACCACAGUAUUGCAGCGUUUGCUACAAGAGCAACUUCGCUAUGGCAAUCCUAAUGAGAAUCGCAACCUGCUUGCCAUACACCAGCAAGCCACAGGAAAUGGCCCUCCUUUCCCCAGUGGUACUGGGAACCCAGGCCCUCAGAGUGAUGUGUUAAGUCCCCAAGACCACCAUCAACAGCUUGUAGCUCAUGCUGCUCGUCAAGAACCCCAAGGGCAGGAAAUCCAGUCAGAAAAUAUCAUCAUGGAGAAACAGCUCUCCCCUCGAAUGCAGAAUAAUGAAGAACUCCCGACAUAUGAAGAAGCCAAGGUUCAGUCCCAGUAUUUUCGGGGCCAACAGCAUGCCAGUGUUGGAGCUGCCUUCUAUGUCACUGGAGUCACCAACCAGAAGAUGAGAACCGAGGGACGCCCAUCGGUUCAGCGCCUCAAUCCUGGGAAGAUGCACCAAGAUGAAGGACUCAGAGACCUUAAGCAAGGGCAUGUCCGCUCCUUGAGUGAACGACUAAUGCAGAUGUCACUGGCCACCAGUGGGGUUAAGGCCCAUCCACCUGUUACCAGCGCACCCCUCUCCCCACCACAACCUAGUGACCUCUACAAGAAUCCCACAAGUUCCAGUGAAUUCUACAAGACCCAAGGGCCACCUCCCAACCAGCAUAGCCUGAAGGGCAUGGAACAUCGAGGCCCCCCGCCAGAGUAUCCUUUCAAGGGCAUGCCACCCCAGUCUGUAGUGUGCAAGCCCCAAGAGCCAGGGCACUUCUAUAGUGAGCAUCGUCUGAACCAGCCAGGGAGAACAGAGGGGCAACUGAUGAGGUAUCAGCAUCCCCCUGAGUAUGGAGCAGCCAGGCCCACACAGGACAUCUCAUUGCCACUCUCACCCAGGAGUUCUCAGCCUCACAGCCCUACUUCUUCCCUCACGUCGGGGGGUUCCUUGUCCUUGCUGCAGUCUCCACCGUCUACUAGAUUGUCUCCUGGCCAACACCCCUUGGUCCCAAACCAAGGAGACCACUCGGCUCACCUGCCUAGGCCACAGCAGCAUUUCCUUCCUAAUCAGGCUCACCAGGGAGAUCAUUACCGUCUCUCCCAGCCUGGCCUGAGUCAACAGCAACAACAACAACAACAACAACACCAUCACCACCACCACCACCAACAGCAGCAGCAGCAACAGCCAGGAGAGGCCUAUUCAGCUAUGCCUCGGGCUCAGCAGCCAUCUGCUUCUUAUCAACCAAUGCCAGCAGACCCUUUUGCCAUCGUUUCCAGAGCCCAGCAAAUGGUUGAGAUCCUCUCAGAUGAGAAUCGGAACUUGCGGCAGGAGUUGGAAGGAUGCUAUGAGAAGGUGGCAAGACUACAGAAGGUGGAGACAGAAAUUCAGCGUGUCUCAGAGGCAUAUGAGAACCUGGUGAAGUCAUCCUCCAAAAGAGAGACCCUGGAGAAAGCUAUGAGAAACAAGCUCGAGGGGGAGAUUCGGAGGAUGCAUGACUUCAACAGGGAUCUGAGAGAGCGUCUAGAGACUGCCAAUAAGCAGCUUGCUGAGAAGGAAUAUGAGGGAUCAGAGGAUACCAGAAAAACCAUCUCUCAGCUCUUUGCUAAAAAUAAAGAAAGUCAGCGGGAGAAGGAGAAGCUGGAAGCCGAGCUGGCCACUGCCCGUUCUACCAAUGAGGACCAAAGGCGACACAUUGAAAUCCGAGACCAGGCCCUGAGCAACGCCCAGGCCAAGGUGGUAAAGCUCGAGGAAGAGCUGAAAAAGAAGCAGGUGUAUGUAGAUAAGGUGGAGAAGAUGCAGCAGGCCCUUGUACAGCUCCAGGCAGCAUGUGAAAAACGGGAGCAGCUGGAGCACCGUCUCCGGACACGGCUGGAGAGGGAACUGGAAUCCCUCAGAAUUCAGCAGCGCCAGGGCAACUCUCAGCCCACCAAUGUUUCAGAGUACAAUGCUGCUGCACUGAUGGAGCUCCUUCGGGAGAAGGAGGAGAGGAUCCUGGCCCUGGAAGCUGAUAUGACUAAGUGGGAGCAGAAGUACUUGGAGGAGAAUGUGAUGAGACAUUUUGCUCUGGAUGCUGCUGCAACCGUGGCUGCUCAGAGGGACACAACAGUCAUCAGCCACUCUCCUAACACCAGCUAUGACACAGCACUAGAAGCUCGCAUCCAGAAGGAGGAAGAAGAAAUCUUGAUGGCCAACAAGCGUUGCCUUGACAUGGAGGGCAGGAUUAAGACCCUCCAUGCCCAGAUUAUUGAGAAGGAUGCCAUGAUCAAGGUACUCCAGCAGCGUUCCCGGAAGGAGCCAAGUAAGACAGAGCAGUUGUCAUCCAUGCGUCCAGCUAAGUCUCUGAUGUCCAUUUCCAAUGCUGGAUCAGGCCUGCUCUCCCACUCUUCCACCCUGACUGGCACCCCCAUCAUGGAAGAGAAGCGUGAUGAUAAGAACUGGAAGGGGAGCCUAGGUAUUCUCCUGGGUGGAGACUACCGUGCUGAGUCUGUCCCUUCCACACCCUCACCUGUGCCUCCCUCAACUCCCCUGCUUUCAGCUCACUCCAAGACAGGCAGCCGAGACUGCAGCACCCAAACUGAACGUGGAACGGACCCGAACAAAACUGCAGCUGUUGCUCCAGUCUCUGUUCCUGCUCCAGUUGCUGCUGCUGCCACUGCUGCCACCAUCACUGCCAACGCUGCCACCAACACUGCCACCGCUGCCACCAACACCACCACCAUGGUAGCUGCUGCUCCAGCUGCUGUUGCUGCCUCUGCUGCUCCAGCUACUGCUGCUGCUGCCCCAUCUCCAGCAACUGCUGCUGCUAUUGUUGCUGCUGUUUCUCCAGCUGCUGCUGCUCAGAUUCCAAUUUCUGCCUCUGCUGUUUCUGCUGCUGCUGUUGCUCCUGCUACUGCUGCUGCUGCUGCUGCUGCUGCUGCUGCUGCUGCUGCUGCUGCUGUUCAGGUUGCUCCAGCUGCCCCGGCUCCGGUUCCACCUCCAGCUCCAACUUCGGUUCCGGCUUCAGCACCGGCUCAGGCUUCUGCUCCGGCUCAGACUCAGGCACCAGCUCCAGCUCCGACUGCGGCUCCUAUUCCAGCUCCAGCUCCAACUCCAGCUUUGGCUCAGGCUGAGGCUUCUGCAAGUCCAGCUGCCGGCUCUACACCACGUCGUUUAUCUGUACCAAGUUUGACCUGCAAUCCGGACAAGACAGAUGGUCCUAUUUUCCACUCCAAUACUCUGGAAAGAAAAACUCCCAUUCAGAUCCUGGGACAAGAGCCUGAUGCAGAGAUGGUGGAAUAUCUCAUCUGAAUGGCCAAAUCAAGAGCUGCGGCUUAUCAGCAAGAAUGCUUUUAAUCAUUUUUUUUCCCUUUUGUUUUUCUUCUUUUGAGGGUGAGGACGUGGGGCGGGGGUGGGGAUAUUUUUUAAAGGGCUUUUUUUUUUUUUUUGGAACAAUAUAAUACUUAUAUAAUACCAUACAAACUCCAGUCUAUACUGGUAUUACUUAGAGAGUACCUCUAAACACAGGUUAAUCAGAAUGUGAUCUAAGGUUUAUCCUUUGGAUUUAUACAAAUGCUGGGACUGUUAAUAUUUGGAUAUACGUCAAUGUUUUUAAUGUACUUAAAUUUGUUGAAAAUUUCUAUAUACCAAAUCACUUUUUAAUUGAAGAGCACGGUAUGUGGUGAAGGCAGUUUGUAACAUGUAGUUCAAAAGUGGGAAGCCAGAGAGAAUUUGUGUAUUUGCUCUUUUGUGCAGUUACCAUCUAAACAGCAUCUAGAGAAAGCUUUCUCAUCUGGCUAAUGAAAAGGAACAGUUUUAAGAGCUUCGUUAGCUGGAGAAAAAGUGGGGAAUAUCAGUGAGUGGUGUGGAAGGGUGCUUAAGCUAACUUUCCCUCCCAAUUUCUUAGCUGUCCUGCCCCAAGGUUUUGUGUUCAUCUUCAUUUCAGUGGUGAUUUGAAAGUGAAUUAUUUUGGUUCCCUAGUGGAGGUUCAUACAUUCAUAUAUACACUCUGGAGUAAUUUAUGCAUUUGGAUAUUUAACAUAUUGCUUUCAGUUGCUAGGAGAGUAAAUUAGCAGAGAGCAGUGUUCAUCUUCCUCUCUCACAGGGAGUUAAAACAUCAGAGGCCUUGAUGAAGAGUUGCAUAAGGUGCUGUUUGAAGACUUUUGUGGUCUGUGUGUAGCCAUGAACACAGCUUGCUUAUCUUUCUUAAGACCCAUCAGCUGAGUGUUUAUUUCUACUACGGCACAAAGUCAUUGGCUGGGUCACCAGUCUCAAAUUUGCUAAUCAUUUGCAAUGAGAAAGCAUUUUGUUGGCCAGUUUAAUGCUUUGGAUUUCUGGUGACGACUUUGAAGUAACUCAUUUUGUUUUCUCGAAUUCUCACCUUAAGUCUUAAAAGGCGCGUUUGACUCUCACCUCCAAGGGAAUAGCAUCAGAAAUGUAGAAGUACUCUGCUGCAGUCAGGGGAGAGGUUGAUUGCAGCAGUAUCCUCAACUACCUCUUCUCACUGCCAGUUGACUCCAACUUGGAAUACCUUUGGAAACCAACAGGAAACGUGCACGUGGGCAGGGACCAAAGAAGGAGGUGGCCCCAAGCCUUGUCAUGGGGUUGCCUCCAAGGACUCAGAGGGGAGAUGCCUAUUGCCACAGGUCCCUGCCAUGUGUCACCUCUGUGCCCACCAUUAAGGUGACAGAGCCGCAGAUGAUGUCAUUAAGAUCAGUUUUCAGGGGUUUAGGGAGGGUGAUGGGCAUGCAGGAAUGUUAGAUAAGGGUGGGGGCUACAGAUUUGGGGGUAUGUUAGUUAGAAACCACAUUUACAGAAGCAUAGGCCUGAUAUUUUACGUCAUGAGCCAUAGUGGCUAGAAGGAAUUUUAACAAUAUAGCCCUACCCCCUCAUCUUAGAGAUGAAGAAUCUGAGACCUAGAGAACAUAAGUGACUUUUUUAAGGUCACACAACACAACUUACCACUCUGCCGAUUACCAUGCUUAUUUUGGGAAACCCCUGUAUCAAAAAAAAGCCUCGUUUUAAAAAAAGGCAUCUUCACAGCUCAGGGCAUAUGUAUUUUCUAAAAUGUCCCUGGCUUGAGUAGUUUGUCCAGAGUUCUGAAUUCCUACCUUGGCUCUCCCACAGUGCCUUUUACAACGUUUUACCUUUCCUGAUCCCAAUUUCAAGAUUGAGUCACAUGAAGUGCGUCCCCCUAAGAAACUCAUCUCACUUUUCUUGCUAUGAGAUUGAGUAUCUUGGAUCAUCUUAUGGGGUUCCUCUGUGAGUAUAGGAAUGGCAUAUUUAACAAUAUUUUUGUGCAGCGAUUAAUUAUCUUCCAAAGGAAUUAACUUUCAAUAUGUGGGAAAAGACAAGAAGGAGGGUGAUAUGAUUUUCAGCCAGUCAUUUCGCAUAUUCAGUAAUGAAGUGAUCAUCCUAUACAUUCGUCCUCAGUUAUAAAGUAAAUGCCAGAUGGAAAUUAAAAGUGCAGUUGUGUUAAUUCUCAUCCAUACAACCCCUUACUCAUAAGAAAAAAAAAAUACUUAAAGAGUAGAAGCAAAAGUAGCAAACUUCAGGAGAACUAAUCUCUAUCCAAAUAAAUACAUUAAACAGCAAACAAAAUCUUUCAUUUUCUCCUUUCAUGGCCAUAACACACAUUACCAGAAUUUUUGCUGGCUCUGGGAGCCAUGCUUUUAAUCACAUUCUGUAAGGUGACAGAUGUCGUACAUUCCACACUGUGUGGCAGCAAUCUCUUUAGAGUCAUGUAUUUUGGGAAAGGAGGAAGUUCUUGGCUAAGUACUAUUUUGAACUGUCCAGAACAACUCUUCCCCCUCACUCCAGAGGCAGUCCCUUUCCCCUCAUUUUUUAAUCCCAGAUAAUUUGCUAAGACAAUAUCGUACAGCUAAGAGAUGGAAAGAAGUCCAUGUCAAUGUCAGUGUUUACGAAGAAGGUAGAUUCCGCCUUUUCAGAAAAAUCUCUAGUAGGUGUCAUUUUUUCAGUUCAGGUUUAUGGGAGAAAUCUCAAGUUAGUCACCUUUUCACUAUUGUGUGGAUGUAACAUUUGGGGAUCCUUUGUGGACCCUCACCUAUCUAUGCAUUUUACUGGCACCUCAGGACAGGAGGGUGGCCUUGUUGUCUUAACUUGUACUGCCUGGUGAUUUCUGGGGAACUUCUAAGUCUUUUGUACCCCAGGGUCCCAUGUAUAGAAAAAAAAGAAGAAAAAAAAAACUUCAUUAGAAGAAAUGUACUUGAUAUAAUACUCCUAUUAACCAUUUUUAUCAAAUAAAAGUAGCUUGAGCAUUCUUUUAAAAUCAUGUAUCUCAAUUGUUGUUUUAAUGAAGGAUUUAUUUUCAAUGCUGCUUUUGAGCUUCAGGGUGACAGGGCAGCAGGAAGUGGAAAUAUCUGCCAUCAUCUGCCAUAGGAAACAUACCAAGAGACCUGGUGUAUUUUCUUCUUGUUAUUACACUGUUGGGUGGGUAGAACAAUUGGAAAAUGAGCAAACAGAUUGUACAAACCACUUUUUAUGGAGAGCUUAAAUACUCAGAAUGUGGCAGCUUAAAAUGUGUACAUGUGCACUAACUUUUAUAAAUUAUAUUCUCAUGUCUGUUAGCCAUACAAUCUCCUGUUAUCUCAAUUGCUCAUUCACAUAUGGAAUGUGUUACUUAAAAUGUUUGCAUCCUUACUAAAAAUAUUUUCAAAAGAAGGCAUAAAAUAUGGGCUAAUUGCCACCAAUUUCAGCCUGCCAUGAUUCUUGGAAAUACAUCUUCCAAGUGCCAUACAUCAUCAGUAGGACAAGUGUCAGGAGUUUGUUUAUUUUUUCCGGUAGCAACGAUGGGUCACAUAGAGCCAUCAGACAUCCUUCUGGCCUCCCUUGUGAUUAAUGGCAUGUGUUUGUAAAAUGGGUAUCUGGGGUUGGGAGAUGACUAGAGAAGAAUCACCUUUGAUUUCAAACUUAUGUAGCCCCAUAAUGAUUGAGACUCCCUUCUGUAAUCAACUGAGCUAGUCCCAAUAAAGUUAAGCAGGUUUGAAUCUCUUUGUGCCUGUCUUUUCACUGACAAUAAAGUUAGUUAUUUUAAAAUGAUUACUUUCAAUUCAGUAUGUGGUGAAAUUGCCAUUAAAGGGCAACGUGCAGCAGAAUUUGCAUUUGCUCGAAGUAUGGAAUGUGAUUAUAAAGUAUGAAGACAACAUCAUGGGCCACAUGCUCUAAUGGGUCUCUUUAUAUCGUCAGACAGCAUAUGUAAGAAGCUUUGCAUUUUUUUUUUCUGAUCUCCUGGUUCCAAGGGAUAAAAUGAUGACCACCCAAAGCAGAGAAUUUAUCCUUUGGUUAGCAUUUUUUGGAAGGCCCCUUGAUGUUCUUUUGUACCCUUGUUCUUAUGCCAAUUCAUCAGUUUUGGUUGAGGGAGCUUGUUAUUAAAAGCAAAUCAAACCACAAACGAGUUGGCUCUCUUCACUGGAAAUGUUAAGGCUGCCUUUACGCUGCCCUCCCUGUGCCUCCUGUUCACCAGUG